AGAAACAAAACUACUGAAAUAAGAGAGAGGAGAGAGAGAGAGAGAAAAAAGUCUACACAACUAAAAUCAUCUUCCUCCCUCCCCCUCCCCUUCUCUCUCUCUCUCUCUCCUCUCUCUCUCUCUCUCUCUGUUGUUUGUGUUUGUGUUUGUGUUUGUGUUUUGUUUGUGUAUGUAUGUUUGUGAUUUGAGUGUAUACCAAUCCCAUAUUUUUCUUCUGGGAUCCUUUUAUUUUACACCAUAAAACUAAAAAAAAUUUAGAAAAAAAGGGAAAAAAUCGCAUAAAAAUCCGACCUUUCUCGCUCUUUUUGCUACUCUCUGAUCUUAAAAUUCAGGAAAAGGAAAAAAAAAUCGAAUAAAAAUCCGACCUUUCUCACUUUUUUUGCUACUCUCCGAUCUCAAAAUUCAGAAAAAAAUUGAAUAAAAAAUCGACCUCUCUGAUCUUUUUCCUAUAACACCCUAACCCUAGAUCGAAGAUCAGGGCCUUUCUCUCCUGGGUUUCGAGUUCGAGGGUUCUAAAAGCAUGGCGCGGCUCGAAGAAUCCGUCCCUAGUUAUGGAUUUGCGAAUUUGAGUAAAAGCUUCUCAGAUGCCGCUCAAUUCGAUGCUUCGCAGUAUGAGUUUUUCGGCAAGGAUGUCGCGGAGGAAGUUGAGCUGGGCGGAUUGGACGAUGCUGCCGAUGGCCGGGAUGGUGCUCUUGGUGAUGAAGAGGAUCAAUUUUCUUAUCUUGGGGAUAGAGCAGAGGACGAAGUUUUAGGCUCUUUGUCUGAUGUUGACGACCUCGUAAGCACGUUCUCAAAGUUGAACAAAAUUGUUAGCGAACCAAAGCGCACGGCGGUACUCGGUCACAGAGGAUCAUUUUCUAGAGAAAGUUCUACUGCUACGGACUGGGCACUGGAGCCGGGCUUUUCCAACUGGCUCGAUCAGCAAAUAUUAGGCGCUGAUAACGCCCAGGAUGGGAAACGAUGGUGGUCUCAGCCACACCCUUCAUCUUCUUCAGCUCACUUUCGACAACGCCGGCCUUUGUACAGAACAUCUUCUUCCCCUCAACAGCAGCAACUAUACGAUCCAAAUGAGCCCAUUCCUGUACCCAAGUCACCUUAUAAUUUGUAUCCUCCGCGUCAAGAGCUACCCCAAACUUCUCCAAAUAACUUGCACCACAGAAAUAUCCGGUCACCUCCGCAGAGAUAUCCUUCCCUUUCUUCUCAGAUCUCUUUGGCGGGAAUACCUCGUGGGCCGCACUAUGGAGGACACCAACUAGGCUCGGCAUACUAUACCCCUUUCUUGCCCAAUUUGAUGCAGCAACAGAACAGUUUAAUGCCGCCUCAGUUGUUGCUGGCACGACAGCAAAUUCGGUUUAACCAAGUUCAACCGUAUUUACCGCACUUGAAUUCUCCGCCAGAGACGAUGAAUAGGUUCUCUCCGAUGCAUGGCAUGGCCGAAAUGAGUGAUCCACGAGCCAAAUCAAGACAAGUUGGUAAUGGGCGGCCUCGAUUUCAGUCUAAAUACAUGUCGGCUGAAGAGAUUGAAAGCAUUUCGAGGAUUCAACAAGCUGCUACUCACAGCAGUGACCCGUACAUUGACGAUUACUACCACCAAGCUUGUUUAGCCAAGAAAGCCUCAAAUUCGGAAACGGCACAUUAUUUUUGCCCAAAUAUUACUAAAAGUAAUUCUUCUCAAUCUCGGGGUAAGGACGAUCCCCAACCGUAUCUUCAUAUAGAUGGUCUUGGUCGGCUUCCCUUCUCUUCGAUUAAAAGGCCUCGCCCUCUUCUUGAAGUCGAUCCCUUCUCUUUAUCUGUUGAAAAUAAAUGUUCUAUGAAGCCUCUCGAGCAAGAGGCAAUGCUAGUAGCGAGGAUCAUUAUUGAAAACGGCUUUGCCCUUCUCCUCGACAUAGACGAUAUCAAUCGAUUGCUGCAAUUCACCCAGCCGCAAGAUGGUGGUUCCCAACUGAGAAAAAGAAAACAGCUCCUGCUAGAAGCCCUGGCUGCGUCGCUACAUUUAGUUGACCCGUUCGCCGCUGGUAAAGCAAUGAAUUCUGUGGGACUAACCCCAAACGACGACCUUUUGUUCCUUCGAUUGGUUUCUCUCCCUAAAGGUCGGAAGCUUCUUUCUCAAUACCUUUGCCUUCUGACACCGGGCAGCGACAUUGCUCGCAUAGUUUGUAUGGCUAUUUUCCGCCAUUUAAGGUUUUUAUUCGGCAGUUUACCCUCCGAUUCUGGUGCGGCCGAAACCACGAGAAAUCUCGCGAGUGCUGCGUCUACUUGUAUUCGUGGUAUGGAUCUUAAAUCCCUAAGCGCUUGCCUAGCAGCCGUCGUGUGCUCCUCCGAACAGCCGCCCCUCAGGCCGCUCGGAAGUGCUUCCGGUGACGGGGCUUCAGUUGUUAUCAUAUCCACUCUAGAGAGAGCGACCGAACUUUUAACAAAUUACCAUGCUGCUGCCGAUUACAGCGCACAAAACCGGGUUUUGUGGCAGGCGUCAUUUGAUGCUUUCUUUGGGCUUCUCACAGACUACUGCAAGAGUAAAUACGACUCCAUUAUGCAAUCCUUGGCUGUUCAGAAUCCCUAUGGCGCUGACGUUGGCUCCGAGGUAGCAAAAGCCGUUAGCAGGGAGAUCCCUGUCGAGCUUCUGUGGGUGAGCCUUCCUCAUACCAACGAGCAGCAGCGUAAGCUGUUACUCGAUUUUGCUCGGCGUUCGAUGCCUGUCACUGCAUAUAAUGCUCCCGAGGCAGGUAACGGACCGAUAACUCCCGAGUCGGUGCAUGGUUAGUUCACCCUAGGUGGUACGGUGAUUGCGAACGAAAGGACAAAAAAAAAAAAAAGGGUAGCAGAAUAAGGUUCUUUGAGUGAGUAUCUAUAGUAAAGUGUGUUAAUUACUUGAAUUUGAAGUUUCUUUGGUAUUUUUUAUAUGUUAUAAGCUAGUAGUAUUGUUGGGAGUUUCUGGGGAGCUUAAUUUUGGUGCUCUGAAGCGAAAACUCCGGCAAUGCGUAGGAUAAUGACUGUACAGGUCCUGUCACUUGAAGACGAUAUUUGGCUGUUCUUCAAGGCUCCUGUCGGGUCGUCACAACUCGCAAAGAAGGUAGUUUUUUGGUGCCUUUUGUUUUGCUUGGUGAUACAAGUUUGUUUUAUUUUUCGCAGUUCUUCGUUCUUUUGAACUUUCGAAAGUCCUGUAAUAAUAAAUUUAAACCUGGGUUUGUAUUCUGCUUGUGUGACUUUUGUGAAGAUUUGUCUCCGCCUUUCUUUGGCGAGAAAUAAAGUUUAUGAAAUGUGAGCUUAUUUUAUGUCA